AUGGGGGCUAAGAAGAAAAAAUCUAGACCGCGAAAGUCACUCAUGAGAAAGCAUCGAAGAGCAAGCUUUCAAGCAGAGUUGAGUGGGAAACCACAGAGUCCAGAGGCCGAGUCUCUACUACAAUCUGCACAGGAAGAGGCUCAACAACCUAGCAGUAAAAGCAACAGAUCUAACCGACGCACAGCGAGGCUGCCAUCAUCGCCCAAGCGCGAUGCAAGCGGUGACAACAAUGACAAGAACGAAGCUGAACCCCAACAGAACGAGCAGAGUCCACCCCCAACAGCUCGUCGCUCUACCUUCAUGUCAUGGCGCAGUCGGAACUCUACCACAACGAUAGUCGAGGAUGCACCUCCUGCCUCAUGCCCAUUGACCUGCCAGCCUUCAAGUUGCUUCAUCGGAUCACUCAACGGGACUAUAAGCGAGAUGCAUCUCCCACUGCUCACCAAGCACACAAAGGCCCGUAUGGAUGCACUAAGAGCUGCUCCCAAACAACAACAACUUGAAGUAACAAUUGAACACUCGGACGAGCUACCGUUUGGAGCCUAUGCACACCCACAAGUACGCGUUCAUAUCGUCGACCGAUGCACCGGAAGAGCUCUCUGUCCAUCACAAAUGACAAGUGAAGCCAAGUUCUGCCUGGACAACAACGCUAACUGUAUGUUACUAUUUGAGAUAUUGGAGGCGAAGGCUCCAACAAAAGGCGUUCGCUUUCGUCGAGGUAAACGCUUCGAAUCUGUGAGUACCCACGACGAAGACGACGAGUACCCGAAAGCUUUCAAUCCGAAACCUACACCAGACUAUCGACGUAUUGCUUGGGGCUUCUUCCACACAAUCACAAAUAGAGGAACUCCUACGAUGAACUCUUUCGUGCUACCGGAUGUACCAGAUGUCAAUGAGAAGAAGAAAAGGCAGUCGAUUGUUGAUAUUUGUGGAUUACGAGUACGAUUAUUUGAGUACCAAGUCAUGACAUGGAUGGACAAAUAUCAAGCGAAAUUGCAGUGGGGGUGGAGGAAAAACCACCCUACUGUACCAGCAGUUUUUCUCCAGUAUCAGAAACGUUCACGUGUCCCCGCACCGAGUACACUACACGUACAACUACGCGCCACGAACCCGCCAGCCUCUCCACGACAAGCGGAGACAACUAACGAGAGUACUGUCGAUAAUCGCUACCGGGAAUUGAACGAUACGACGGAACAUGAAGCUGGAGAUAACCAAGAACCUCCAACGGAAGUCUCUACACUACCCGUUGAAGAUACCACAAGUAAAAUCACUCCUCCCGAAGCCUCAUCAAGCGACUUCUUCGAUUUAAUGGCGCCUUGCAAGAGAAACACUUCAGAACCGUGUUUAAUUCCUUUACGAUAUCGACUACUCUCGGCAUCAUCGGAUGGCACUGUUCGUCUUUGGGAGCUUCCUUCCAAGAAUGCGGCGAGUUCUCCUGAUUCCCCAACAUCUUAUCGCACUCAUCUGCUCUCGUCAGUAUUCCAGUGGCAUCACUUCCCUUGCUUCGUAUACUGUGCUAUAUUUCUUCCUGGUAGCAAUGGAGAGAUUGUACUCACCGGUGCUUCUGAUGGCUGUAUGCGUUUCCGGAAAGAGUCAUCAAUACCAAGUGGCCAACCUGAGUACGGAAUGCUUCAGGUGAGCUCUUCUGCUGUGCACACUAUUUGUGUGGAAGCCAAGACUGGACGGAUUUUUUGUGGCGAUGCGAAGGGUGAUAUCACUGUUUGGAAUCGUACAGCAACCGCUCCGACACUUCACGGCUAUGAGCGAAUCAAGACGAUCCAAACUGGACAAGCUAGUAUCUCUUCGCUUCAGCUACACCCUCGAAAGGCUCAUCUGCUGGUUCAUACACAGCCCAACGCCAUUUUUCAGUACGAAUUGCGCUCAUACCUUCUGUUAAACAAAAGCUAUGCCGGUAUGGCUUGCGAGUCUUUGUUGGUGAAAAGCUCAUUUAGUCCUGACGGCAAGCUGGUUAUUAGUGGAUCGGAAGAUGGCGUUCCUAGGUUAUUCACUAGUGUUCAUGGUCAGCAACUACAGCGUGGCGUUUGGGGUACACAUUUCUUUCAUGGUUGCCCCGUACUGGAUGUAAGCUGGUCACCUACGGCGCACAUGGCAGCACUCUGCUCUUACGGAGGGAACAAUCCGAUUGUGGUGCUUUGCUCGUACCGAGGCGACGAAGACGCUGUAUACAUCGAUGAAUCUGCAUCAAACAUUACGAUGAAUACUACGACGAACCUUCAACUUGCUGUCGAUGCCUUCCGAGGAGCGAACCAGCUGGAGGCCUUCAGGGGUGACCAUGCCCAACGUCUCCAGCGAGCAUUGGAACGACGCCAAAAGCGUCUGCAAGCAAAGUUAUCGCUGGAAGCAGACCUUAGUAAGGACCAGGCUAGCAACAACCUGGCUUCAUCCAUCGCAGUGUAG